AUGAGGUGGCCACUUUGGGGAAGUGAGCCAAAUGGGAACACAAACGAAAACUGUUUGAUGAAAUAUGCCGUGGCCAAUUAUGAAUGGGUUGAUACGAGUUGUACAACAAAAUCUGGUUAUAUCUGUCAGAAGGGUGUGUCAUCUGGGAACUGUGGUAGUGAUGUGUGCCUAAACAAGGGAAGCUGCAUGAUUAGGAAAUCACGGUAUACGUGCACAUGUAAUGCGGGAUAUUUUGGAACAAAAUGCGAAAAAGAUUUUAUAACAAUCUCCAUAGCAAAAGGAAAAGUAAGUUUGAAAAGAGGAGAAAGCAUCGAUGUUCAACUCAACAUUACAUCAUAUGAUGGAAACGUUAAUGUUGUCGUUAGAAAUCAGGAUAACGUAAAAAUCAAAUCCGUUACGACCAGCAAUAUCAGUAGCAGCAAUCCUUCAACAACGUUGGCAAUCAGCAUUGGUCCCAUAGAAGUUUCAUCGACAACUUUUUCGUACAAGUUUGAAGCUAGUCCACAGGGACACAAACUUUUUUACUCGAGAGUAGUUGUUCUGACGUUGGUGGUUACUGAUGCCUGCGAUUCAUCGCCUUGUUUAAAUUGGGCAACCUGUCAAUAUUCGACUGCAGAGCCAUAUUACAAUUGCACUUGUCAACCAGAAUACAAUGGAACUACAUGUGAAGAAUUAAAAUAUAAAUUUAAUGAAGAUUGCAAAUAUCAUGUCAACUUUUACAAAAAAAUAACAUUCGCUGAAGCAAAUACAACUUGCAAUAGUCUUGAAGGAGCAGUCGCGAUGAUGAAAACAGAUUCAAUACAAGAUUUUGUUGAAAGUCAAAUAAUAGAUCAAUAUGGUGAAGGAGGAGGCAUAAUUUCAUUCUGGAUUGGAGGUUAUAAACCAAAUGCAGUUUGGGAAUGGCUUGACAAUACGCCUAUUACUGAUGGAAAGUGGGCGUGGUUUGCAGUAAGCCAAGGAAAUGGGUGUUUGUAUAUGAGUUCUUAUGCGACCACGAGAUAUAGUAUGAAAUGGUUUAAUAAUGACGGAACUUCAAAGCGGGGAUAUGUUUGCGAAGUUUCAACCGUUAACUUGUGCUCUCCGUCUCCUUGUCUUUACUGGGGAACCUGCUCGAGUAUUGGGUGUCAAAGAAGUUGUAAAUGUUUGGAUGGUUUUACAGGAAAUAAUUGCGAGACAACUCCAAUUUCAAUCUCUUCUACAAAACGAAAUUACACUGCGAACAUCGGGGAAUCUAUCACAGUAACGCUGAAUAUUCAAAGCAAUCACGGUCUGGUGAGAAUACAAGCCUUCAGAAAUGUAAACUUCAACAAUGUGAUUUUGACCAAACGAAAUGUUGGAACAAGUGAUGAAAUCAAGCUUGGCCCUUUUACGAAUCCCAGCGAAAGAACCAUAUAUACUUUCCGCGCGGACCCCGAGUCCAACCUUGGUGCCUAUCUCAUAUCAACAUCGCUAACUGUCGUUAUUGAAGCUGGAGCUACAAUAAGUCAUCUACAACCAACAGAUAUCUUCAUUGGAACAAGCCCAAAUUCUAUCAGAUGUUACGCAACCGGCGUACCAUCACCAACUAUUCGUUGGUACAAAGAUUCAAUACUUAUCACCACAAGUUCUUCAUCCAAUGUAUAUCAGCGGAUAGAUAAAACUCAUGCUGAAUUCAAUGCUCAGAAAGCAAAUAUUUCCGAUGCCGGUAAAUACACCUGCGUUGCAACCAAUACGAUACAAGGAAUUAAAAAGUCAGCAAAUUCUACAGCAGUCGUUAGAGCCAAAGUUACUCUCGUCAACUCAUCAGUAACACUGCCGAGCAGCACCUCGGAAUCUCUUCAACUAAUGUGCACGUUGGAAGGGUUUCCGACUCCCAAAAUAGAAUGGAAAUUCAAAAGAGAGGGAAAUUAUCAGAAGAUUUUUCCAAAUCAUUCCGGAUCAGUGUUCAGAUAUCAGAAUCAGGCUGAACCUGCCAAUCAUCCGAUCAGAAACUCGAGCCAAUUAUACAUUCCAUUAUCCGAAUAUUUAGGGACAAUCGAAGUUAUCUGCUCCGCCUGGAAUGAAUUCGAAAACUCGUCAAAUGAAAAGGCUUUUCAAGUGAACAAAGAUGUUGCGAUAUCUGCUGGAAAGUUGUAUAAAUUAUUCGGGAAAAUAGAAAAGGAAAAAAGAAACAUUUCUGGCGCUGAACACUUUUGCUAUUCUACUGGAAGUCGUCUGGCAAAAAUAUCCGGCAGCGAAACCCAAGCUUCUCUGAAAUCAAUGAUUGAUCGAACCGGGUUUGCAUCAAACAUAUACGUGGGCGCAAAAAGGGAAAUUGAGGACAGCUGUGAAAUAUGGAGAUGGAAGGAUAACUCAUUGUUUUACAACGAGACAAAGCACGGAAAAUGGAUGCAGGACGAAGGUUUCGUGGAUGGAAAUUAUGUUGCUUGGCAUCAAGGAAGGCCCUAUUAUGAUGUAUCUUGUCUAGUUUUGCGAUCGGAUUAUCAGUGGGAAUGGACUGAUGCAUAUUGUACAUCAAUUAUUGGCUUCAUUUGUGAAAGUACAAUUCCUGACAUCACAAAAAAUUUCAGUGCAACAGUAGACGAAUGUAGCAGUAAUAUAACACUCAGGUGGUUUACUUCAGCAGAAGCAGUUGGAGUUUUACACAGAAUCGACGUCAUCCAUGAAGAAUCAAAUACGACCUUGCAAAACUGGAGGACAGAUGUUGUUUCUUCCCAUGAAAAUUUGAUGUCAUUGAGGCUAUUAAACUUAAAUUAUUCUACAACGUAUCUUAUCCGGAUGACUGUUUGUCCAACUGAGUGUGAGCAUCCAUUUGUAACAAGCAGAAAAAUAAGAACAAAAGCUUUGAUUGCUUCUAACAUUUUGGCAAUUGAAGCUUAUGUAACGAAAACAACACAGAACAAAUCUUGUUUAAUAUCUUGGAAAGUUGAUGCAACAAAAUAUGAAAUACUUGGAUUCAAAAUACGCGCAAUGUCAGUUCUUGUCUACACAGCAAUUGAACCAAAUGGGCCACAUAUAGAAGAGCUCAAUGCAGCCACAGACCCGAACCACGUAGACUUUGCUUAUUCCUUCAACAGAAAGUAUUCAUUUAGCAUCCAGGCAGUGACAUGUACUGGUCACGGUCCAAUGUUCGAUGUUUUGGGAAGUUGUGUCACAGAAAGAGGGGCACCCGAUGUAGUUCACGUACCAGCGAUAGUAAAAUCAACUAAAGACGGAGAUGUCGGUGUCACGAUACGAUUCCCAGAAGAAAGUAAUGGACCAAUAAGUUGCUUAUUUCUGAUUCUUGCCUACAAACCUUACAACACUUCAAAUCAAUGGAUAAAAACAUUUGAUGAUCUUGUCAAACUUGCCAAAACAGAAGUUAAUGAAAAUGAAGCUUAUAUAGCCUUUGCAAUGACAAGGUCAGAUAUCUCAGAUGCGCAAAGUCGUACGAUUUCAAAAAAUCUAGGUGAUGAUACUGUGUCGUCAUGCAUUGUUAUCGCUAAUAUAAAUGCAGUUCGCACAAAAGGAGAAGCAGCCACCAAAAUUGAAAUAAAAGGAAAUAACCUAAAACUUGAAGAUGGCGCAGAAUACAGUUACUUUACGAUAUCUGCAUCUCCGGGAGACGACAACGCAGUAAUGUUGAAAUUCAGCAAUGUAUCCCACUUCAUAAAAGAAACAGCAACGACAGAGGAAUCAACCAACACGACGAUUGCUAUUACUGUCACUUGCAUCGGAAUCAUAAUUGUUGCGGUGUUGUUAGUUUUUUGGAUAAUUAGACGAAAGAGGAACAGUAACAAGAAAAUAAAAUCAGCCACGCAACAACGAUCCGGAGAUGCUCCCGCUAUUAGUCCAUAUGAAACCACAUUCAUAUCAAGCGUCGCUUCAUCAAGUUCUAAACAAAUUCAACCAGAGUCCCCAUACACCUACGAAAACGAUGCCACGUGUUACGAAGAACCAAUGUCGACAAUCAAAAAAGACGAAAACAGCAGGAAAACAUAUGAAAAUAUAAAUCCCUACGAAACUUGUGAUAUCAAGUCAGAUUCGGAUGAAACUAAGUACGAGGAAGUAAAGCCGAGACGUUAAAAAUUACCUUCCUGAACUCCGAGUUGGAGCGGAGUAUGUAUACCACAUCAUGUAAUGAAAAUGCUAUUCAUUAUUAAUUGUUUUGACGUUUGCUUCCUCAAAUAAUUAUAACUUACUUUUUAGCUGUUUAGGCCAAAGUACUUUGACGUUUCAGGAUGUGUAUUUUGGCUUAGCCCAUUCUCACCCAACUCAUUUGAAGUUUAUUGUAAAUUUGUAUAAAACAUUUGAAUGCAUCUUGAAAACUAAACUUCGUAAACCAUGCACAGAUGUUAAAUUAGCCAAUAUGCGAUACGAACAUCUGUCCAUUUGAAUUGUGUAUUGUCAACCUUGGUUAUGUUAUUUUUCAAUAUUUCUAUAUCAGUGAUUCCAUUCUGGAUUUAUUUUUCAAGCGUCAUCUCUCAUCUUUGCGUUUAAACUGAGAUUUUUGAGAUAAUCACAAGUUGUAAUGCAGCUAAACUCAAAGUUUUAAGGUUGCAAAGAAUAAACAAUCCCGAUCACCUUGAAAAUAAAUAACAGUUUGUUUGCUAUGUGAUUACAAAAGAGUUUAAAACCUUGCUGUCAGGUAAGAACGGAUUUGGUCUGCGUAAGACGCUAAAUUUUGAAAUAGUUGUUUUAUGGAUGGUAACAAGUUGCAUUACCUCAUUUUGUAAAUAUGUAUUUUGUGUACAAAAUUUAUUUCUGGAAAAUUGACACGUUUUGAGUAAAAAACUGGAAGUAGUGAUUUAUUGAAGGAAAAAAUAACCGAAUAGUGCUGAAAUUGAAUUCUCUGAUUUAUUUCCGCUUAAAUUAAUGAUCACGUAAUUCAAGUAUGACCAAAUGUAAGAAGUAGGGGCGCUCUUAAAACGUUUCUAAUUAACCCGACUUUAAAAAUGUACUAUACUAUACUUCAUCUUGGGGUGAUGAAAACAGCCAACAUGCUAAUUUAUGCUUGUAAAGGGUCCACUUUUCGUGUACACAAAGGGCUAGGUUUGCUUUCUUUUCCGAUUGUUUUUAUUCAAUCUGUAAUUAAGAACUUAAUUGUGUGUGUAUCAAAUAUAUUUCAAAAAUGAAAUAUUGAUGGAUACUGUGUAGCCUGUAUUAAUUUGUUGUUUGACAUGCUGUGUUUUCUUUUGAAGACUGAGUUUAUUGAAACAAAACUCAAAAGACCGACAUAUUGAUCAUUGUUACUUAGUGUAAAUUUUAGUAUAUGUUUCAAACAGUAUUUGCUGAUAUGCACAUGUAAUUAUUCAAUCGUGGAGAGAGUCUAAUAUGUUUAAAAGAACCGGUUUAGCAUAGCUUGCGCGUUUACACUUUACAUUCGUUUGUUCUUCGUUUUUGCUUGCGUUGGGGCUAUUUCUAAAAAAACUUAGAAACUUAAAUAUGAAAAGUUUGG